AUGGAUCUUUUCAACUCUGCACUUGGAAAAAAUAUCACUUUUUUGCGUCCUGCAUUUUUCAUUAUAAGUGGAUUUAUUGGCAUUCCUAAUAUAAAAUAUUAUUAUGCCUUUCUGUUUUUUGUUUAUAUUAUUUCUGUCCUGGCAAACACAGCUGUCAUGGCCACAAUAUAUUUGGAUCACAAUCUAAGAACACCGAAAUAUAUUGCAGUUUUCAAUCUUGCAUUGGUUGAUCUGUUAGGUAACUCUGCCAUGGUGCCAAAGGUUCUCGAUAUCUUUUUGUUUAAUCACCCUCACAUUUCCUAUAAUGACUGCUUGACAUUCCUGUUUUUCUGCUAUGUAUUCCUUUCGAUGCAAGCUCUAAAUCUGGUUGCACUGUCAUAUGACAGAGUUAUGGCGAUCGUUUACCCACUGCAUUAUCAACUGAAGGUGACUCAAAAGUUCAUGCUCUGUUUAAUUGCCUCUUUCUGGGUGUUUGUCAUUAUUGUUGUACUUAUUGCAACUGGCCUUCUUACAAGGCUUUCCCUCUGUGAAUCAGUUGUUAUUAAAAGCUUUUUUUGUGACCAUGGUCAGAUAUACCGGCUUGCAUGCAAUGAUUAUACACCCAGCGAUAUAACUGCUUGGAUUUUGCCAGCUCUUAUUCUUUGGAUUCCUCUUACAAUUGUUUUGUUGAGUUAUUUGUGUAUAAGCUAUGCUUUAGCUAAGGUAGCCACAGUUCGAGAAAGAAUGAAGGGCUUUAAAACCUGCACAGCUCAUCUUUCAUUAGUGGCAAUCUAUUUCCUCCCAAUAUUAAUCACUCUACGUGCAAACAUAGAGCCACAUGCCAGAAUCAUAAACCUGUCUCUGACAUCAGUCUUUCCUCCAAUGCUGAACCCUAUCAUAUAUGUUCUUCAGACACGAGAAAUCAAAGAAUCUCUGAAAAAGUUAAAGGGAAGAAUCACAACACACUACAAAAAUAGAAAAGUCAAAUUUAAAAAGUAA